AUGUCCAGAUCUCGGUCCAGGUCGCGCUCCCGCCCGGGGUCGCGGGGAUCGCGCGACAGCGGCCUGCGCAUGAUGCACGUGCCGUCCGACAUGGCAGGUGUGCUGAUUGGCCGCGGCGGGGAGAAGAUCAAGGCCCUGUGCCGGGACACUGGCGCGCGGGUGGAGGUCUCCAAGGAUGACGCCAAAGAUGGGGACCGCACCGUGACGGUCACGGGGGCCUCAGAGGCGGUGGACCGCGCGGUGCGCGCCAUCGAGGAGAUCCUGCAGAGCGAGCGGAGGUCCAACCAUCAGCCGGAGCACAAGAAGGUGAUGAAGGUCGCAGGCGCUUUCGUGGGAAUGAUCAUCGGGCGGGGCGGAGAGACCGUGAAAACAAUGUCCCGUGACAGCGGGGCCAAGAUCGAAGUGUCCAAAGACGACGGCGGAGAUCGAGAUGCAGACCGGACGGUGACCAUCAUUGGCACCAUGGAAGCUGUGGAGAAGGCUACGGAUAUGAUCGAAGAGGUGCUGGGCUUGCGAGAAGAGGCACCGAAUGAGGCGGAUUCGGUGAUCGAGCCGCCUCCCGGCUUCGAAGAGUGCGAACACGAACAGUGGCUCUACAACUCCUCGACCCAGGAGAGUUCUUCAGCAAGAAGACGGGUGCGCUAG